GUUUGAACGCUGAACAAAAGAGGUACACCGUUACUGUGUGAAUAAAAUAAAAUGAUAUUUUUAAAUGGAGCAGCACUUUUGCUGCUCAACGUGUUAUUAGUUAGCGCUUUGCAUGAGCCUGGACGUGGUAUACCAUCAUUUGUAAGAUCAGCAGUUGAAAGUGUAUCAAAAGAAGAAUCAGAAGAUAAUGGAGAAUUUAAUUUUAAAAAUUUGGCAAAGUUUUCCAUCAAACCAGAAUUUGGUGAUUUAUUUUUACCUUUACGGAGUGCUGUCGAAACAGUACCUUCGAUAGGACCAAAGGAUGAAAUAUCAAAUUUGGGAAAAAGUUUUAUACGUGCAGCUGUUGAGUAUAUGCCACCACACAAUAGUGAAGCAUAUAGUGCAAUUGAAUAUGUAGCAGAGGAAUCCCACCCAAAUGCUGUGUAUGUUGAAAAUAUAUCACCAAUUAGGAGAAUAUCAUCAUCGUCGUCAUCAACUAAUCAAAAUAUGGGUGAAAAAUACGCUGCUUUUGUAAUACCAACACAAUAUGAAAAAAAUGAUCCUCAACCGUAUAGAUAUGGAUCACCAUAUCAGCAAAUUGUUGACGUUAAUUCAUUCCGCCAACAAGUUGAAGAAUCAACAUUACAGCGUUUACGAAUUCGUGAUAAAGAUUUUAAUUCAAAACCUAAAGUUUUAUGUUAUUUUACAAGUUGGGCUCAUUAUAGAGAUGGUGACGGUAAAUUCGCACCAGAGAAUGUUGACACACAACUUUGUACAGCUCUAAUUUAUUCUUAUGCAUCUUUGGAUCCAGAUUCGUUAUUAAUUAAACAAUUUGAUCCCUGGGUUGAUAAUGAUAAUGAUUUAUAUAGGAGAACAACUUCACUUGAUAUUCCUGUUCUCAUUGCAAUGGGUGGUUGGACUGAUUCUACUGAAAACAAAUAUUCAAGAUUAGCUGCAAGUGCAUCUGCUAGAAAACAAUUCGCCUCGAAUUUAGUUCUAUUUUUAAAAACUCAUGGUUUUAAAGGAAUUCAUCUAGAUUGGAAUUAUCCGAAAUGUUGGCAGAGUGAUUGCAGAAAAGGCCCCUCAAGUGAUAAGCCAAAUUUCUCCAAACUAAUAGCUGAUAUCCGUUCUGAGUUUGAUCGAUCUGAUCCCGAUUUACAGUUGGGAAUUGCUAUUUCUGGCUAUAAAGAAGUUAUUUCUGAAGCAUAUGACUUAAAAGAAUUGUCUAAAAAUGUUGAUUAUCUAACUGUUAUGACAUAUGAUUAUCAUGGAGCUUGGGAAUUGAAAACUGGACAUGUAAGUCCUUUGUAUGAAAGACCAUCUGAUAAGUAUCCUCAAUAUAAUGUUGAUUUUACAAUGCAAUUAUUAGUGAAGAGCGGUGCUGCACCUGAAAAGUUAAUAAUGGGAAUUCCAUUUUAUGGUCAAUCAUAUACCCUCCGAAGUGAAAGAUCUACUCUUGUAGGGGAAGGAGCUGCAGCUGAAGGACCUGGAGAGCCUGGUGAAUUUACUAAACAACCAGGCAUGCUGGCUUAUUAUGAAAUCUGCCAACGAAUAAGAAAGAAUAAAUGGUUAACUGGAAGAGACCCUUCUCACAAAUCUGGGCCAUAUGCCAUGUUGAAAAAUCAAUGGGUGGGAUAUGAAGACGCUUCGUCAGUGGAAGCUAAAGCGCGCUAUGCAUCAAAUAACGGUUUUGGAGGUGUAGCCGCUUGGACAAUUGAUUUAGAUGAUUUUAGAAAUCGGUGUUGUGGUGAAUCAUUCCCGUUAUUGAAAGCAAUCAACAGAGCUUUAGGCCGUUUAUCCAGUCCGCCUCCAAGUGGCACUAAUUGUCAGAAACCGCAAGAACCAGUUACACCGGCCGCUCCUAUAAUGACAACUGUUAGUGAAAACGGCUCUCCUCCAAUACAUGAACAUACAACAUGGCCUUCAUGGCAUCCAACUUCAAGAAAACCAGAAACAUCUACAUGGUGGCCUAUUUCAACAUCUACAACAAGAAUGCCUCAAACGGUGACAACUACUACAAAACCUCCUUCAAAGAGAACCACAAUGACAACUACAAAAGUAACCAAACCACCAACAGAACAUACAACCAUUCCGGUUCCCUCGGUUAUUAUGCCUGACAAUCCAUUAGAAGGAAGGAAAUGUGACGUUGGGGAAGUGAGACGAAAUGAAAAUAAUUGCAAUUCUUAUUAUCAAUGCGUUUUUGGAGAGAUGAGGUUGCAGUAUUGCGCCGGAGGUUUGCAUUUUAAUGAAAACAUAAGAUUAUGUGACUGGCCAGAUUCCGCCAAAUGUGAGCUUAAUAAACGCGGCGAAACUCCUAAGCCAGUGGCUCCUAUUAAGAGAACAACAACUAAACCAAUGCCUUCAACAAGUAUAAUUAGAAGCACUACUACAAGAAAAAUUACAACUACCUCAACGACUACGAAAAUUCCUAAUACAACAAAGCCUGCAAAGAGAACCACAACCAAAAAACCUUUCCCAACAACUGCAAGACCGACGUUUGGCGCUCUAACAAGUUGCGAAAAUGGAAUGUUCUAUCCUCAUAAAGAAUGUGAUAGUUUUUAUGUUUGUGUUAAUAACCGCAGAAUUACACAGCAAUGUGGUCCUGGUUUGCAAUGGAAUAUUAAGGAAAGUAGUUGUGACUUAGAAGAAAACGUGAAAUGUGUCUCAAUUACGCUUUAUAAUAAACUUUUAAGAAUUUCUCAUCCAUUAUUAAAAUCAAGUCCGCUUAAGGCUUUAGCAGAUGAUCCUUGCGAUGGUAAUACUUUUGUACCAUACCCUGGAGAUUGCAAUCAAUAUCUUAUAUGUAAUUGGAAUAGACUGGAAGCGGCAAGUUGUUCUCCUGGUCUACAUUGGAAUCAAAAUGCUCAAGUUUGUGAUUGGCCAAAAAAUGCCCAUUGUUCGGAGGGUUCUGGCGGAAGUUUACCUGAGGUCGAUAAUGAUGGACAUGAAAAUGAUAUUUCAAGUAUGGUAACAACAAGAAGACCAGGAUAUGCUCCAAGUUUGGGAACAACAACCACUACAAGUCGCCCGACUUUUCCAAAUGAAAAACCAGUAUUAGACCCAUUGUCUGGUUAUUACAAAGUUGUGUGUUAUUUCACAAAUUGGGCUUGGUACCGUAAAGGAAUUGGACGGUAUACUCCAGAUGACAUAAAUACAGAUCUUUGCACGCAUAUUGUAUAUGGAUUCGCAGUACUAGAUUAUUCAGAAUUAACGAUUCGAACUCAUGAUUCAUGGGCUGACAUUGACAAUAAAUUUUAUGAAAGAGUAGCUGCUUUGAAAGAAAGAGGUGUAAAAGUAAGUUUAGCGUUAGGUGGCUGGAAUGAUUCUCAAGGUGAUAAGUAUAGUCGCUUAGUACGAAAUCCUGCUAGUAGGGCAAGAUUUGUAAGGCAGGCUACAGAAUUUAUUGAAAAAUACGGCUUUGAAGGCUUAGAUUUAGAUUGGGAAUAUCCCGUAUGUUGGCAGACUGAAUGUAAUAAAGGAUUCCCCGAUGAAAAAGAAGGAUUUACUAGUUUAGUAAGAGAAUUAUCAGCCGUUUUCAGACCUAAGCGAUUAUUACUUUCAACCGCUGUGUCACCAAGCAAAAAAAUCAUUGAUCUUGGCUACGAUGUACCUGAAUUAGCAAAAUAUUUCGACUGGAUCGCCGUUAUGACAUAUGAUUAUCACGGUCAAUGGGAUAAAAAAACCGGUCAUGUUGCUCCAUUAUUUUAUCAUCCAGACGAUGAUUACGAUUAUUUCAAUGCCAAUUUCUCAAUUAAUUACUGGAUAGAGAAGGGAGCCCCGUCUCGUACGAUUGUUAUGGGAAUGCCACUUUAUGGUCAAUCGUUUACAAUAUCAGACGUCACAAAUCAUGGUUUGAAUUCACAUGCUCCAGGACCUGGACAGGCCGGAGAACAUACGAGGGCUGCUGGAUUUUUAGCUUAUUACGAAAUUUGUGAUCGUGUUAAUUUCCGUAAUUGGAAUGUUGUUAGAGAUGAAAAAGGGCGAAUGGGCCCUUACGCAUAUAAAGACAAUCAGUGGGUAUCAUAUGACGAUCAAGAAAUUUUAAAACGUAAAUCACAAUUAGUUCGCGAUUGGAAUCUUGGAGGUGGAAUGGUUUGGGCUUUGGAUUUGGAUGAUUUCAACAAUCAUUGUGGCGAAGGCGUACAUCCUUUGUUAACCACGAUCAGAGAGAUAUUAAGAGAUCCUCCAGGCGGUCCGGGAUCUACUAUUGACGUUGAUUAUAAUAACAAUAAAGAAGAGGAAGAACCUGGUUCAGAAGGAGAUUAUGAAGAAUGUUAUGAUGAGCAACAUGAGAGUAUCCCAGAUAAUAUUGAAACCAAUAUUGUGUUAGUAGAACCAACGUCAACUGGAGAUUCCGAAAUAAUUGAAGCACCUCAUGACUCAAUGGAUUACAUCGACCCCAAUAUGGAAGUUGAAGAGAAUGGAAUUGGAUCACCAGGUUCUGCAUCUAGUCAAUUAACCAAUGAUUUUAAAGUGGUUUGCUACUUCACAAAUUGGGCUUGGUAUAGACAAGGUGGUGGAAAGUAUUUACCGGAAGAUAUUGACGCUGAUUUGUGUACACAUAUAGUUUAUGGUUUUGCAGUUUUAGAUCGCGAUUCAUUGACAAUAAAACCUCAUGAUUCUUGGGCUGACCUUGACAAUAAAUUUUAUGAAAGAAUCGUUGCUUAUAAAGCUAAGGGUAUUAAAGUAACAGUGGCAAUUGGUGGGUGGAAUGAUUCAGCCGGUGACAAAUAUUCACGUUUGGUUAGAAAUCCAAGUGCAAGAGCACGCUUUAUAAGACACGUUGUUGAAUUUAUUGAAAAGUAUGGAUUCGAAGGUCUUGAUCUUGAUUGGGAGUACCCCGUAUGCUGGCAAGUGGAUUGUAAGAAAGGUUCUCCUGACGAAAAAGAAAGUUUUUCAGACUUAGUUCGUGAGUUGUCUGAAGCUUUCGUGCCCAAAGGUUUGCUUUUAUCUUCAGCCGUUUCACCAAAUAAAAAGGUUAUUGAUGCUGGUUAUGAUGUUCCACAACUGUCUUAUUAUUUCGAUUGGAUUGCCGUUAUGACAUAUGAUUUCCAUGGUCAGUGGGAUAAAAAAACUGGGCAUAUUGCGCCAAUGUACGCAACACCAGACGAUGAUCCAACGUUUAAUGCCAAUUUUACAAUCAACUAUUGGAUAGAACAAGGUGCUGAUCGUAAAAAAUUAGUGAUGGGAAUGCCAAUGUACGGUCAAUCAUUCUCUUUAGCUGAAGCAAGUAAUCACGGCUUAAAUGCCCCUACUUAUGGAGGUGGCGAGGCAGGUGAAGCAACCAGAGCUCGAGGAUUUUUAUCGUACUAUGAAAUAUGUAAAAAUAUUCGUAAUAAAAAAUGGACCGUUGUUAGAGAUAAGAGAGGACGUAUUGGACCUUAUGCUUACAAAGGAGAUCAGUGGGUGUCAUUUGAUGAUUCACCAAUGAUUAGGCAUAAGAGUGAAUUUGUAAAAGCCAUGGAUUUAGGUGGAGCGAUGAUUUGGGCUUUAGAUUUAGACGAUUUUAAAGAUUAUUGUGAAUGCGAAUCUUAUCCUCUAUUAAAAACAAUUAAUAGAGUUUUAAGAAAUUACCCUGGUCCUGAUCCUAGGUGUAGACUUGAAGAGAGAGCUGAAAUUGAGUCUGAUAUAAUGAGGACAACGACUCCAAAACCGCAAAAAACUUCAACCGUUUGGUGGUCUCCUUCAUCAACGACGGGUGCUCCAACAAGAAGAACUACUCGAUUAACUACCGUCUUCACAAACCGUCCUCAAACAGGAAUUGAUAAAGAAAAUGAAGUGGAUCUUGAAGAAGAAACAGUAAAUCUUGAUUGCGCGGGUCGAAAUUUUGCUCCACAUCACCGAGAUUGUAACAAAUUCUACACUUGCCAAUUUGGUGUGUUGAUAGAACAAAGAUGUCCCGAUGGUUUACAUUGGAAUGAAAACCACUGUGAUUGGCCGCAAAAAGCUAAUUGCAUUGUUUCAGAUAGAAUGACCACGACACAAAAAACUACUAUGAGACCAACUACACCGAAGACUGAAGCUACUACGACUAGAAAAAUAACAACAACAACAAGUUCAUGGAAACCUGAACAACGUCCAGGAACAACAUCUAGGCCACAAUCACCAGACUCAAAGCCACCGGUAGUGCAAGGAGAUGAAAAGUAUAAAGUUGUCUGUUACUUUACGAAUUGGGCAUGGUACAGACCAGGAGAAGGAAAAUACAGGCCAAGUGAUAUAGAUGAAAAUCUUUGUACUCAUAUUGUUUAUGGCUUCGCUGUUUUGAAUAGUCAAACUUUAACGAUUAAAACUCAUGAUUCGUGGGCCGAUAUAGAUAACAAGUUCUAUGAAAAGGUUGCAGAAUACAAAAAUCGAGGUAUUCGAGUAACUUUAGCUAUCGGAGGUUGGAAUGAUUCAUUAGGUGACAAGUACAGCAGAUUGGUUAGAGAUCCUGAGGCUAGGGCUAGAUUUAUCAAACACGUUGUAGAUUUUCUUGAGAAAUAUGGUUUUGAAGGCUUAGAUUUAGAUUGGGAAUAUCCAGUUUGCUGGCAAGUGGAUUGUGACAAAGGCAAGCCUGAUGAAAAACAAGCAUUUGCAGCUUUUGUAAGAGAAUUAUCAGCUGCCUUUAAACCAAGGGGAUUGUUGUUAUCAGCUGCUGUUUCGCCAAGUAAAAAAGUAAUUGAUGCUGGGUAUGAUGUACCGGUUUUAGCAAAAUAUUUUGAUUGGAUUGCUGUUAUGACUUACGAUUUCCAUGGCCAUUGGGAUAAAGAAACUGGGCAUGUGGCUCCAUUGUAUUAUAUGCCAGGUGAUAAAUAUGACUACUUCAAUGGAAAUUUCUCAAUUCAUUAUUGGAUUGAAAAAGGUGCUCCGCCACAAAAAUUAGUGAUGGGAAUGCCAUUAUAUGGCCAAUCAUUUACAUUAGCACAAGGUGUUACAGAGAAAGGGUUAAAUCAAAAAAUAACUGGUCCUGGACAAGCUGGUCGCUAUACAAGAGCAGCUGGUUUCUUGGCUUAUUACGAGAUUUGCGAGAAAGUCAACAGUGGCGGUUGGACGGUUGUACGCGAUAAUGAAGGACGUAUGGGACCAUAUGCAUAUUCUGGAAAUCAAUGGGUGUCAUAUGAUGACGUUGAGGAUAUACGAAGAAAAUCUCAGUUCUUGAAACGUAUGAAUUUAGGUGGGGGUAUGAUAUGGGCUUUAGAUUUAGAUGAUUUCAGAGGACGUUGUGGCUGUGGUAAACAUCCUUUAUUAAGGACCCUUAAUCAAGAAUUAAGAGGAAUAUCUGGACAAAGAUCAACAAAUUGCACAUAAAAACACAAAAUUUAGAAAUAAGUUUUAGAUUUAAACUUCGGUUAUAUUUUAGAUGUAAAAAGAAUAAACAAAAAAUGUUCUCAUAAUAUAAAUAUGUAGGAUAUAAGCCUGGGGAAAUUUUUAAUUUUAUUUAUGAGUUUUGUUCACUGUAAAUUGCAUACAUGAAAAAAGUAAACAUUCCAAGAAAAAAUAUUAAAAAUUGAAAAUUCUUAAAUCGACAGGUUUAUGUGCCAUGACAAAAUAAAUUCUAAAUAAAAUAAAGAUAAAAAAAAGAAAUUUAUAAAGGAUAUAUUUU